UUAUUUCCUUCCAAAAUAAUUUCAGUGUUUGGAGUUGACAUCAAUAAACAAGUCUAUUUCAAGUAAUUACUGAAUCUAGGCUCAAGACCAUGAGAGUAAGGUACCAAUUUCGAAAUCUAGAUGUCUUUUGUUCUUGUGAAAGUCUGAUUAAAGUUCCAAUAAAAUGUUGUUCAAAAUCUUUACUUCAAUUCAUUAGUUCUCUAUCAAAGCCAACUGGGAACCUUCUUUCCAAACUCGCUCGACACACACACAAAAAGAUGAAAGACGAGAAUCGGCGGAAGGAGCAAAACACUUGAUAGACAUUGAAGAGUAAAAUAACUUGAGCUUUUAGAUCAGAUAAUCACAAAUUUUAAUAUCACUUACCAAAAAGAUAGUGGAGUGCCUAUAGUAGGAUGUAUUGGGAAACCAAGAAGGCACAAGCCUAGGCCUUCCAAUGAUACAAAGGUACCUUGCAACUUGCAAGGCUACUAAUAAUAGAGAGGCCACAAUCCCCAGGCUUGCACUAGCCCGUACUGCAUUGCUUCAUGGAAGGUCUAAUGCUAAGAAGCACUUUGUGCUCGUUCAUAAGGCAUGCUUUGGAGCCUGGUCCUGGUACAAGAUUCUGGCAUUGAUGAGAUCUUCAGGGCAUAAUGUCACAGCUAUUGACUUAGGUUCUUCAGGAAUCAACCCCAAACAGACCUUUGAAAUCCCACGUUUUUCUGAUUACUUGAGUCCGCUAAUGGAGUUUGUGGCUUCUCUUCCUGCAAAUAGAAAGGUGGUUCUUGUAGGCCACGAGCUUGGUGGCUUAGCCAUUUCUAAAGCCAUGGAGACCUUUCCAGAAACUACCAUCUACACUGAGUUCGUCAAUUCAGCAUCUCAACCUGAUAAUCGUGUUAUAUACGAUAAUGGGCCUACAAAUCCUCCAACCACCUUCAUCAUAGGUCCAAAGUACUUGGAAACUAAUCUUUACCAGCGGAGCCCAAGUCAGGAUUUGGCAUUGGCCACUACACUAGUAAGGCCAAUAUAUUUUUACAGUGUGAAAGAUGUUUCCAAGGAGAUAGUUGUUUCAAGAAAAAGGUACGGAUCAGUUAAGCGAGCUUUCAUUGUUGCUGUUGAAGAUAAACUUGUGAAGGAGGAAUUUCAACGGUUGAUGAUUGAAAAGAAUCCACCAGAUGAAGUGGAAGAGAUCCAGGGCGCUGACACAAUGAUCAUGAUUUCUAAGCCCCAACAACUUUUUACUUCUCUUCUGAGAAUUGGCAGAAAGUUUUAGUAACUAAUAGCUAUCAGUUUAGAAGAAUAAGGGAGAGAGGUGUAUGGCUGAGAAAAAACUCCAUCCAGUUCCCAUAUCUGAUGCAUUAAUCUGUUUCCUUUAAUUGUAAUUUCGCAGUUUCAAAUUGGCAUCAAUAAACGACUUCUAUUUCCUACUA